AUGGGCUCCGAGAUCUACCUCGUUACAGGGGGCUGCGGCUUCCUGGGCAGCCACAUUGUCGAAAAGCUCCGCGCGGCGUACCCGGACGCCCGCGUUGCCGUCUUCUCGCGCAACCCGACGACGAACCUCUUCCCGGGUGUGACAUACCAUGUGGGCGACAUUUCGUCCCUAGACGACGUCGCGCGGGUCUUCAAGGAGGUGAAGCCGACCGUCGUCUUCCACUGCGCGGGGAUGAUGACCAUUGGACGCAAGACCAUGACGGAUGAGUUUGUCCGGAGAAUCAAUCUUGAUGGGACAAGGCAAGUAUUGGAUGAGAGCAAGAGAGCCGGUGUCAAGGCCUUUGUGACAACUAGCAGUGCAAGCGUCGUGCAGAAGGAGAUGUUCCGGGACAUCCACGGGGCUGACGAGAGUUGGCCUCUUGCCGAGGAUGGAGAUGACACAUUGGCUUAUCCCAAGACCAAGACCGUUGGGCAAGGCGACCAAGAAAGAACACUGAUUGGACUCAAGGCGGCCGCCGACAAAUUGACGCUCGCAUACGACGACCCUGCCGGCAUGCGCACCUGCACCCUCCGCCCUGCCGCCGUUCACGGCGAGCGCGACAACGACAUCACGCCCGCCAUCAUGCGCAACCUCCGCCUGGGCCGCCACAAGCUCCAGAUCGGCGACAACACGAACCUCUCCAGCACGACCUAUGCCGGCAACGCGGCGGACGCGCACCUCGCCGCCGCGGACAAGCUCCUCCACGCGCCCGAGGGGGUCGCGGGCGAGGCCUUCUUCAUCACCAACGGCGAGCCGAUGCGGUUCUGGGAUUUCAGCAGAGCUGUAUGGCGGGCUGCCGGGGACAAGACGCGGCCAGAGGAGAUUCGGAUCGUGAGCAUGACGGUAGCGCUGGCGUAUGUCUGGGCGCUGGAGUGGAUUUAUUGGUUCAAAGGGGAGCUUCCGCCACUGACUAGGCAGAUUGUGAGGUUCACGGGGAUGAGUCGGUGGUAUGUUAUUGACAAGGCCCAAGAGAGGCUUGGAUGGAGGCCCGAGGUUAGUCAGGAGGAGGGGAUUAGGAGGGCUGUGGAGUGGUAUCUGGAGAAGGAGGAAAGGGAGGCCGCUAAGGAGAGAUCGUGA